GCGUCCGACCUAACGAAGGCUAGACGUCCCUUCGAUAACUUGAAACAAGUUGAAACAAGUUGAAAUUAAGUCGAGUUAAAGUUACUGUGUUUUAUGUGAAAACCGCAUCGUAGACAGUGUGUUUUUAUGUGAAUUAUAUUUGCACACUAAGUAUCUCUAAGUGUACAGUGGUUAAAAGUGAAAUUCAAUUUGUAAACAAGUGAAUUACAAUUAAACCUAAAGUCAAAACAAUGUAAUAAAAAUGUCUUUCCUAAACAUACUGAAGAAGAAAAAAUGCGAAACACCAAGUAUUUACUCUAUGGUAUCGUGCAGUGACCUAACUCCAGGCAGCCUGGAAGUGUGGCUAGAUCUACCUGAUUCCAUCAAACACGAUCCAGCGCUUGCGCCGUUUAAGCAGCUAUACGAACAGAGGCAUGGCAAAUUGGAGUCACCAGAGAUUAAUACUGAGGAAAAUCACAAUAUCUUCACGAGAAAAACGUCUGAAAUCUUCCACCAUGACCACAAAGAAGAUAGCAAGUACGGAAGGGCGUUGGAACCAAAUAAUACAAAGGAAGAGAAGACACAAAAACCAGCUAAGAAGAGACAGUUCGCAAAAAUAUUGCGUAUAGUGAAGCUAUCAGGCUUAGUAGCAUGCUGGGCGCUGCUCACAGUAGCACUACUUCUGAAUAGAGAAAAAGUAGACGUCGUGCUGCAUACCGCUGUGAAUAGUGGAGAAAUAAAAGAAUAUCUUCUAGAUACGACCAACGAGACAUUCAGUGUGUCUGUGACCCUCACGGGUCCGUUCGGGGAUUCUAAGAACAAGACCAACCACCUCACCGUCUGGCUGCAUACCGGUCUGGAUGGGGAUUAUGGCCAGGAUUCCCAGAAGUGGGAGGUGUACCUGCAACCUGAUGAGGACCUGGAUUUCGCGCCGAGUGCAUCUGAAACCAAGACACUGACUUUGCCGGGUAAAUUCCAGAAGUCCAGGAAGAAUUCCAGCCGGCUGGAAGGUCUGGAAGAUUAUGGAGUUAAUAGCACAAUAACUCUACGAAUGGCAAGCACGAGCGAGAACACAGUGCCUCUCACUCUAACUUACCAAGUGGAUCCGUUGUCAGAAGAGGACGGCAUUAUAUAUUCAGCUAUUUUGCUCUGUCUAUUGUAUUUCUUAAUUAUUUUUGAGAUAGUUAACCGCACCAUAGCAGCCCUGCUCACUUCGUCCCUGGGGGUGGCAGUGCUGGCCAUCAGCGGCUCCAGGCCCACGCUGCUCGAGCUGGUCUCCUGGCUGGACGUGGAGACGCUGCUGCUGCUGUUCAGCAUGAUGAUCCUGGUUGCGAUACUGGCAGAGACGGGGCUGUUUGACUACUUGGCUGUAGUGGCUUUUGAGGUCACAGGAGGCAGGACCUGGCCGCUGAUCAACUGUCUCUGUUUCUUCACCGCCUUCUUCUCCACAUUUCUGGACAACGUCACCACCGUGCUCCUGAUGACGCCUGUCACUAUACGAUUAUGCGAGGUGAUGCAGCUAAAUCCGGUGCCAGUACUAAUGUCUAUGGUGAUAUUUAGUAAUGUGGGGGGCGCGGCCACCCCUGUGGGGGAUCCCCCCAAUGUCAUUAUAGCCAGCCACCCCUCUGUGCUAGCUGCGAAUAUAAACUUUUCAAACUUCACUCUGCACAUGGGUGUGGGCAUUCUGUUCGUUUGCGUGCAGACCUACCUUCAGAUCCGGUACAUCUUCAGAGACAUGAACACUUUGAGGCACACGGUACCACGACAUAUUGUCGAGCUCCGCCAGGAAGUGGCUGUGUGGAAGCGAGCAGCCGCCUCGCUGACCUCCUACUCGCGAGACGAGGACAUCGUUAAGAGAGCUUUGGAGAAGAAGGUGCAGAGACUGAACGCGAUGCUGAUGAAGAGAGAGUCCGGCAAGGGCAAGUCUGACCCCAUGUUCUGUUCCAACCUCGCGCAGAUGAAACAGAAGUAUGGAAUCAGAGACCCCCAGUUAUUGAUCAAGGCUUCGAUUUGUGUGACAUUUGUUGUCAUAGUGUUUUUCCUGCACGCCAUACCACAGUUGCAAAGCCUAUCCCUGGGCUGGACUGCUCUACUGGGAGCAAUACUACUGCUACUUCUGGCUGAGCGGGAUGACCUGGAACCGAUUCUGGCUAGGGUGGAGUGGUCUACUUUACUUUUCUUUGGAGCUCUGUUUGUUUUAAUGGAGGUAUUAUCAAAGUUAGGUCUGAUUUCGUUGAUCGGGAGACUAACUGAAUCGCUCAUUUUGAAAGUCGGUGAAGAGUCACGGCUAGCUGUCGCCUUAAUGCUGAUUUUAUGGGUGUCCGGGCUGGCGUCCGCGUUCGUGGACAACAUCCCGCUGAGCACGAUGAUGGUGCGCGUGACAGGCGCGCUGGCGGCCGGAGGGCUCGGCCUGCCCGCGCCGCCGCUCGCCUGGGCCCUCAGCUUCGGCGCCUGCUUGGGGGGUAAUGGAACUCUAAUCGGCGCAAGCGCAAACGUAGUGUGCGCAGGAGUUGCCGAGCAGCACGGUUACCGAUUCACAUUCAUGCAGUAUUUGAAAAUCGGUUUUCCGGUUAUGAUCGGAAAUCUUAUCGUUGCUUCGUUUUAUCUGUUAUUCUGCCACGUGCUAUUUGCGUGGCAUUGAUUUCAACCUUAUGUGAUUGCAAUAUGGUCGAAAUUUGCUUGCAUUAUGCAUUACAAGGGUAUUUGAACUCUAACGCCAUAUGAUAAGGUCGAAUAUAGCUUAUUCCUAUAAACUUAAUAUUUGAUUUUGAGCGCAAUGCGACAGUAAUAGUAAUGUGAUAAUUGAAAAUAAGUAGAAGGAAAUAUGUUAUUUAAUAUUGAAUCAUAACUAAUUACUAUAAGGUUGAAAAUCACUUAGAGCUAUAUUUUUAUUCAUGUGAUAUGUUAUUUUGUUAAAAACAUCUGUAUGUCCUUGGGAUAAGGUUGAAUAUUGGUUUUUUAUUCAGUCGCAUAAAGUAAUGCUUUUUUUAAUUAUUUAAAUGAUGUAUUAACUCAAAGAAACAGAAUUCUUUGAGUACAUAUUUAUUCCUGAGAAGAAGAUAGGGUCCAUAUUUUAUAUAAGUGAUUUAAAAUAUAUGCCCCAUGACCCACUACGGGACACACAUCCAUUUUUAUUUUAAAACCAUGUUUUUGUGUAUUUUAUAAGCUUUAUCGCGUACUUAAACUUAGUGGCCUUAACUAAAGUAUUAUUCCAUAAAAGUCGAUGUUUUAUCAUCAUCAUCAUCAUCAUACGUGUUCUCACUGCUGGGACACAGGCUUCCUAUGAGGGUUCAAGCCCUAAUCCAAGCUGGCCAAGUGCGGGUUGGCAGAUCACAUAUU